AAAAUAGUAUACAGAAUGGAGGUGGCCGAUGGCUCUUCAGCCAUCAGUAAUAUAUCCACAGUUAUUAUAGCAGCGCAAGAAGAAAUGGAACAAUUAGAUAUACUGAUAUGUGGACAGUGUCAUUCUGUCUUUCAUUUUAUCGAAAAGUUUCAAGAACAUCGCACAAAGAAGGAAUUCUGCUCCAAAACGUCAUGUAUUCGUGACAUUAAUGAUAAUAGACAAAAUGCACAAAUAUGUCCAUUUCUAUUAUGGAAAAGUACACAAGUUCAGGACAGUUCAGAUAAGGAGGUAUUUGACACUUGGACAUUGCAUCAGAAAUGGUGUAAAAUGGAUACAAAAGAGAAAGAAACUUGGAUCAUAGCAGGGAAAACACAAGCACAAGCCUAUACAAAAAUUAGUAACGCAAAAAUGCAGGAUAUCCUAAUGCAAUCAAAUACCAAUGUCGAAAGUGCCAAUCCGAUAACAGUUCAUACAGUUGUCAGAAAUAAACCGGAAAAAACAAGCGAAAUUGAAAAAAAUUCUGCGAAGUUACUCGAAACAAAAACACAGAAGAAUGAAUCUGUGGAAACUGGAGUAGACAAAAAAGAAAAACCAUCGAUCAAACCCAAAAUCAAGACUGAGAAAGCAACUACAGCAGAAAAUGCAAAUCUAAGUGACAAAGAAUAUAUUGUCGAUAAAGUAUUAGCCACACGUUUUAAUACUAAAAAGCAAUGCAUGGAAUACUUAAUCCAAUGGAAAAGCUAUCCACAUGAAAAGGCUUCAUCCAAAUCUGCAAAGGCUGUAGCAAUACGCAAUAGUUUAUUGGAUGAAUUUGAGCGGAGUCGCGCUAAGCAAGAGGAGUCCAAAACAGCGCAACAGAAAACUAAUACAAAAGUCGUCGGAUUGGAGAGUUUGACAUUGCAAAAAUCAGUGAUAAAAACUAAAUCUUGUCAGCCUGGAUUAAGUACUGCGGUUCAAGCAAGACGCUCGAUGCGGUCUAGUAAAUCGAAAGCGAUGAAUCAAAUGAAGCAAUUGUAUGGCUCACGAAAAAAGGAAAAGAAUGAACUGUUGAGUAAAGGGACGAUCGAUGAUUCGGAGAGUGAUUCAGAAAAAGAAGGAAGCAGUGUCGCAAAGGAAACGACAAGUGACACAGACAGUGAUGAAGAAUGGAUUGGGGAAUCUGAAGACCAAAGACUAUUGGGCCGGAGCAACGUGGUUCAUCGUGCAUUCAACCUCGCUAAUACACAGUCGUGUAAAUCCAAUAAAACCUCAAUUUCAGGCACUGAUCUGGCAACGUCAUUAAAAUUGCAAUCUGCGUAUGAACAAAAAUCUAGCCGACCACCUGUUUUAGUAGCUAACGCCGGGGAGGUUGUUAAAGUCAAUUCCAAACAAAUGCCGAAUUUGGCUUCCGGUCUCGAUGUUAUGUCGCAAAAAGAAAGUAUCAUCGAAUUGGAUUCCUCCAUUGGGAAAGUAUCUGUUAAAGGAUCUUCAACAACGCCAGGUGUUGUAAUGGUCCAAAGUCGAGAUAAUACAAACGUAUUCACCUACAAAUACGAAAAGUGUAGUAAAAUGUUUGGUAUCAUAUUUUUUGUAUCAUGUCUGUUACACUGUUAA